AUGUCGUUUAUGACUGAAAAUCUCUCCGGUCAAAUUCCAACAGUUAUUUCUAUGCUCAUCAUCAUCAGCAUAGUCGGGAGCAUUGGUAAUCUGCUCGUCGUUAUUGUCUACGCAUUGAAGCAUGACAGACUCACGGCCAACGUGUUCAUUCUUGUGCUCGCCGUGUCAGAUUCCCUAUGUUGUCUCACGCUUAUCCCCGUAACAAUUAUCGUCGAAUAUAUCGACUGGAAAAUGCGCUCGAAUUUUUUGUGCAAAGCAUACUACUGCCUAAACACGACGUUCAUAUUGUUCAGCAGUCUUCUGAUCAGUUGCAUUGCAUUCGAUCGAUAUUUCUGCCUAUGUCAUCCGUUCCGUCGUAUACUUACAAUCGAACGGUCGAAAAAACUUGUAGCAGCUGUUGUGUUGGUUUCGAUGGCAAUGGGAGUGAGUUCAACUUUCACUGUUCAUGUGGUAUUGCGUCAUAACGUAACGGGUAACUACACUGAAGAGAUCGAUGUGUGGGGUUCUCCGGUGGCUGCUCUAUUCGAAUCGGACUACAAUCGGACAUCACUUGGUGUAUACGAAUGCACAGAGACUAUCAUAGCUGACCAUACAUUGGUGCAAGAAAUCAUUUACCAUAUUGUGCAAAAAUGCCAAACAGCUUGCUACAUAUUUUGUAUUAUAUCCGUGGUUGUUCUUUACAUACUGAUCUACAGAUCUGUUUCAAAGACUUUCAAGAAGAGGAAACAACUGCGCGGUUCACGGCAAAAAUCCACUCACCUGGUACUGACGACCAUUGAACCGACAAACUGUUUGGUAAGCAACACUACUGGGAUGCCAAUUGAUCGGAUGGAAAACUACCCGGUUACACAAGUUGUCAAGAGAGAUACAUCACAUGUGAGCAUUGUUGAAGACUGUGGUCCCUGUGACCACCGCGAAGAACCUAGAGAAAUACAACAACACUCAAACUUGCGGUCAUGCGAAUCUGAAGGGACACUCCAAUUGAAUGAGCAGUAUUUAAUACGCACAGAGAACACAGAAAACGGGCACCAAAUCCGGAGUUAUGACGGAAAACCAGUAAACGAUGAGUUAUCUAGGGAGCAGACAGGAUUCUCAUCACACCCGCGACUAACAAUACAUUUUACAGACUCUGAAAGUCGAUCGAGAACACCAGCCUUUAUGGACAGGCGCUCAUUGAAGUCAGUGAAAAGCCUAGUGGACACAACAAACUUUCAAAAUCUCAAGACAGCAGCUAUGCUAUUCGUGGUGGCCCUGUGCUACAUUGUUACAAUGCUGCCAGCGAUGAUGAUGAUACACAAUCUGAUACCAUUGUAUCUGCCCAUUUUCUAUGUGUACUAUGUAAAUAACGCCAUUAACCCUAUUGUUUAUGGUUUCAUGAACCCAAACUUUCGACGUGACAUAGGACAGCUGUUCAAUACCAGACAGUGUAUUCCCGUAAUCAAGUAG